AUGUUUUUGUGGCUUGUUGCCCGUUUUUUGCUUGUCACCGGACGUUUCCUCGCCCGAGCAGAAGACUCAGAACUGCUCGACACAUUCUCGUCGUUGCUCAUUAGCCGAUUCGAAGAGCAGUCAAGGGCCAAAUUGCUCGAUGAGCCUUUCGAAGAGAUCAUAUCGAAAAUCCGAGUCCAAUCCGAGUAUCCUCAGGAAGCGUUGGAAUCAGCCAAGAAAAAAUUGGAGCAGCUGUUCGCUGACAGGACGAAAGCACUUCAGAAACUCACUCGAAGCGCUGAAGGUUCGGCCAGAUUCUAUACAGCUUACGAUGACUCGCAGUUGACGAUUCCCCAGGAUGAGUCUGUGUGCGCGAAAUUUGAACAGCUACUCAACGAAUCCGAUGUGAGGGAGCCAUCAAAUUCAGCCGCAAGGAAAUCUGGAGUUCACGUGAACAUCGAGUCCUAUAGAUGUGACCCAAAAGUUAUACGCGACUUUAGUUGGACUGGCGCUGAUAGCGUGGAAAAAACUAUGGCAGAAAAUAAGCGAGAAGACGAAACGAUGCGACAUCAAUUCAUUGGCACAUACAGCGGUGUAACUAGAAUGUAUCCAAGACGUCAUUGGAAGAUUGAACCCGCACCAAUCACGAUCGAUCUGUUCGAUCCGAAAUUUCGGCCAUGGUUUGUGAAUGCGGAGUCGGCUCCAAAGGAUAUUGUUUUUCUUAUCGAUUACUCUGGCAGUGUUAAAGGCCCAACAAUGCAUCUUAUCAAAAUCACAAUGAUGUACAUAUUGUCAACGCUAUCGCCAAAUGAUUUUUUCUUCGGUGUUUAUUUCAACUCGGUGUUUGCACCAGUGCUACCAUGUGCUAAUGGGACUUUUCUGCCGGCUACAACGAGCAACAAAAAGAUCUUCUUCGAACGGCUUGGUGAUAUCGAAGAAAAGGACCAAGCUCAUGUUUCACCACCGCUGAAAUUUUCAUUGGAUGCAUUGAGAGGCAAUCUGAACUCUACAGACUCGAUAUUCAAUAACUAUCGAUCAGGAGGCCAUAAAAUUUUAAUGCUGUUCACAGAUGGACUUGAUGAAUGGCCACAUGCUAUUCUCGAUCAAGAGUUAAAGUAUAAAGAUGGGGAUGUGAUUCGAAUGUUCGGCUUUUCAAUGGGUUACGGUACCGGUCAAUUGCCGCUGCUUCACUGGAUGGCGUGCCGGACGUUCGCGAAAUAUUCAGUGAUUGAUUCAAUCAUGGACGUAAAACCGCAGUCAAGAGCGUUUUUGGACCAUCUUAGUGUCGCUUUGGGGCGUUCACUCGAGUCAACGCCUAUUGAGGCGCGAAGGAUCAGUUGGACAAACCUCUACAUGGAAACGCAGGGACUCGGUCCCACCAUUACAAUUUCCUUGCCCGUAGUUACAAAACCUGAUGGUAUAUGGUCCGGUCAACGUAUCGCUGGCAUAACAGGUAUCGACAUUGCACUGUCUGAACUCACGGAACGUUUACCGAAGGGAGAUCAAUUGUACGGUAUUAUUGUGGAUAAUAAUGGAAUUAUCGUUUAUCAUCCGAAACUCGUACUUCCGACAACCGAAGUACAUUCUGUCCGACGCAGCGCUUGCUAUGAUGCAUCGCAGGUUCGCUUUCGAGCUGGUGCCGGGCUAAGGGUUCAAUAUGGGUUCAGUGAUCAACGCGUUUAUCGAUUAGUAGGCCUCAUCGAUAGUAUUCCUACCAUCGAUCUGAUCGAGCUCGAAGGGAACUCAGCUGCUGUGCAACGUCUCCGACAUGGUAUCAUAACGUCGGCAUGUGGAUCGGAUCCUAUUCGUGACGGUGAUCGGGAGUUUUAUUGCGCAAAUCUUGAAGGAUCCCCGCUCUCCGUGGUUAUCGUAAAUUCCGUUAAGCGUGAAACCUUAGCAUACAACGAAAAUGUGGCAACGCUCGAUACGGUAGACAAUCCCUUCGUCGCCUAUCAUUUGUCAAGCAGAUCGAUUUGUGAUUGGAAAUUGGAUCCGUUGCCAUCAACAGUUCGAUUUGAUGCGCUACAAGGUGUUGCUUGUGAAGAGAACCUAAGCUUAGCUUUCGCAUUGACAAAUGGAUUGAAAAAAUGGGCCCUUUCCUGGCCAGAGUACGAUAUAAGCGCAAAUUUUUCCUGUGAGGACCUACCAUUACCUGCGGAAUUUCCGAAACAGUACUUCAUAAACGCUUUUGUUCAUACUCGUCCACAAGUGGAAGCAUUUUUCCCUAAAUGUUCGAAAUCGUACAUGAAGGAAGUGAUGACGAAAUUCGAUGAGGAACGAGCUGACAAAGAGAACUCGCCCGGUGUCCUGCAAUUCACUGUUCGGAAUGACGUCAUCGUCGCAUACAGAUCGAUAACGGAUCGACACGACAAUCGAUUGGCUGUUGUUGGCGUUCAAUGGAGAAUUCCCUACGCGAAUGCGUUGUUUAUGAAUUGGACUCGGUCAAGCAAACAGUGGUCUGACUGUAAGAAGAUGGACUGUUUGAUCAUCACUAAAAGUGGUUUCGUGCUGGCGUCUUCGACAAAUAGAAGUCCGGCGCUACUAGCGCGAUUCGAUCCGCAACUAUUCGCCACGCUCGAGGAGAACGGCCUUGUUACAACAACAUCAUGGGUUGAUGCACAAGCUGAAUGUAUGGCGAGUCGAGCGGCCCCAUGGGCCAGCCACGCCCCACAUCGUACAAAUCCAAUUCGUGCGUUUUUCAACGCUGCAGCUACUCUUAUAGGAAAAACAUUUUGGAUUGAGCUCUACUAUCUUAUAACAUCGUUCGUCGCUGGUCAGCCGUCAAUGUCCGGAGGAUUGUGCCGCUUUCAGAGAAUCAAACCUGUCGAGAGGUGCUUCUUACGUCACACUAACUACAAAAUGACGUUAAACAUUACAAAACAAAUACAACUCAGUGAUAUGAAGUGCGCUAGGUAUGCUAGGAUCUAUCCGUUACCAGGAACUACGCUGACGCUUAUCCGAGCGGAUCGUGCCUGUCCUGGUUAUAGGUCCAAGAAGAAAUACACUGUACAGCAUGAAAUGCUGGAAGGUUGCGAAAAAGUCACAUAUUUUGAGAAACGACCACCAACUCAUUAUAAUACAAGCGUCGAUCCAAAUGAGGAGCCAACUCAAGAAUGCCUUGUCAGUGGCUCAACAACUGCCAACAAUUUACCACUAAUACAAUUCUUGAUCUACCUAUUGGUGCUGAAGCUACAUAUAUAA